AUGGGCAAUAAUAUUUCUGACCCCUCUACUCACUUAGUAAAAAGUGGCUGCUUGAGGGGCGGAUUCUCGAUUUAUAAAAAUGAUAGUUACGAGGUUUCAUUCCAUCACACCGUUCAGCCUACAUAUAACAAAUUUCGCAUUAUCAAGUACCUUAAGACACAGACAACAACUCAUAAAAAUGACGAUUCGAAUAGUGAUGUGAGUAAGUAUGCAAACCUGCUUGCGUGUGAUGAUCUACUUAGCUUAUCGAUACCUGUUAGGUUGCGUCAUCCGUCUAUUCUUCGUGUCCACAAGGCUUGUUCAGAUGCACUCGAUAGUUUGUGCCUGGUAGUUGAAAACUCAGUUCCAUUCAGUGCUUUCGUUACCAAUCCUACCAUGGAUGACUUACUAGCUGGAUCCUAUAGUCUUCUUUCUGCUCUCAACUUCCUGCAUAAUACACUUGGAGUUUCUCACAAUAAUAUGGGUACUACCAGUAUAUUUAUUGAUUCAAAUAUGUGUUGGAAGUUGUGCGGUUUCGAGUUUGCUCUGGAAUUUAAGAAUAUGUCUGCUGAUCAUAUACGAAGAAUUGAAGUUUUAAAGGGACAAAAAGACGCAAAAGCUUUAAAUUUUGACCCGGCGUAUGCUUUCUGCUAUGAUAUAUAUUGCUUUAGCCGAAUGAUUUGUUCGAUAACUGAUAUAGGCGUUGAAGGUCCUCUCUACCACCUUGCGCAGGUUUUAAUUAACUCUUGCAUGCAUAGUUUACCCAAAGCGCGUAUACCCUCUGACCACCUACUAGCUCACCCAUCUUUCAAAGGCCCAUAUAUAUCCACAUUGGAUUUCCUAGACACAUAUGUGAGUCGUAGUGAUAAGGAAAAGGAAGUGUUCUUCAGAUCAUUUACAGAAAAAGUAUUUAACAGGAUAUCAGAAGAGUUGUUUUGUCGCAACAUUUUACCAAAAAUGUUUGAAAACACUAUUUUUCUUGAUUAUCCAACCCAAACCUUACUUGCACAGAUUUUCCACGCUUGCGAAGAAAACCAUCAGGAGUCACCCAAACCCAAAUUGAUCAUAUCUCUUCAAAAUUUUCAGAAGUUUGUCAAUCCUUUAAUUGUUCAGAAAUUUAUGGUUAACGAGAGACAUACGCGUAUUUUACUACUUCAGCAUUUCACUGGCUAUUUAAAAGUACUAACUGAUAGUGAUUUGUUAAAUGUGAUAUUACCACAAAUAUGUCGUGGAGUUUUCGACAGUCAUAAUACGCUUUCAGUUUUAAGUUUACAGGCGUUAGGAUAUCUUGCUAAUCGUUUAAAUUCUACUAUUGUUUUAAAUCAUUUACGUCUGAUCGAAGAAAACUUGUGUAAAUCUGGCAGUUUAUCUAAUAAUUCAAAUCAUAGUACGAGCACUGAGGGAAAUAAUAAAUUAGUUACUUAUGUUUGGCCUCGUAAUAAUCUGUUUUAUGAAGCAGCACCAAAAAUUAAUAGGAAUAAUCGGGAAAUUCCUUUAUGUGAGAAGAAACAAAACCAUGUGUUAAAUGAAUCCAGUCGAUCGCUAGCUCAAUUGGCCGUUUUUUCUCCAAAUUAUGAUCCAUCUAUGAAUUCCUGUUUACUAAACUGUACAGACGAUCUCUCCACUGAUUCUCGUCUGUCGAAUAAUGAUGUGCUUAAACUGUCAAAUACUAUAACGGAAGCCAGUACUAUUGCUUCUACUCUGACUACUGCUACUGUUACUGCCAUUAAUAAUAAUAUUGAUAAUGGCAAUAAUUGUAGUCAGUUGGAUGGAGCCGAAAAAUUUCAAUACAAUACUGAAAAUACGUUUGAUCAAAAUACUAAAUUUUCUAGUUUAGUUGAUAAACCCGUGGUACAUUAUUCAACAUCAUUGUCAAGGACACUGGUUGCUGAUGGAAAAUCACUAGCAUAUAAUAAAAGCAAUUCUAAUUGUUUGAAUAACCCUGUAAAAAUUUCUAAUGACGAACAUGAAAUUGAUGCACUCCUAUCGUUGAUGGAACCCAAAAUUGUACAGAAAUCUAUUCCAUUUUCUCCUCUCAGGUAUACAGUUUUUCCUGAUGAAACAGAAAUCAAUCGAUUGAGCGGACUAUCAUUAGAAGAAUCAGCUGAUUUGGGUACUGAUAGCAAUGGAUGGGAGGAUCCGCCUAAAGAGAAUAAAUCAUCAGGCAGUCGUAGUCAACGUAAAAGUUCACAAAAAUUAAGUAGUUCUAGUAGAAAGUCAAACAAUCAAUUGAUUUUAAACAAUGAUUUACUACAAAGUAUCGAUGAAUUAGAUGAUGUAACAAUUCAAUCAUUUGGUCGUGAUUAUUAUUUGUUUCUAAUUAAACAAUUAGAAAUGCAAGUGAAUGCAUAUGAAAAUUAUAUUAAAGAAUUAUCCAUGCAAAAUGAAAAAAUUAUGACAAAGUAUCAUACUAGUGAUUUCGAAUGUCAAGAUCAUUUUAGAACAUUGAAUCAGAAAUAUCAUGAAAGAAUCAAUGAAGCGGCUGAUUUGACUGAACGUAUACAAGCUAUGCAACGUGUUUUUAGAACAAAUCUUGAUAAAUGGAGAGCUAGAGAAAAUGAAUUAGAAAUGUUAAAAAAAUCUACUGAAGAAAGAAUGAUGGCAGAAAAUUUAGCAAUCGCUAAUGAAUUAGCCUCACUUGAAGAAUUUCGUUUAAAUCGUGAAGCCCUUUGGAUACAUUAUCAUAAUUUAGAAUCUACUCUCGAUCAGAUAAAAAAUGAACAUAAGUUAGCUAUGGAAAAUUUAUCAGAAAGUGAUGUAGCUUAUAGGGGACGAUUGAAAAAAGUUACUAAAUUAAAAAUUAAUGAGGUUGCCUCUGAAUUUCGUUCCGUUUCAUUUCAACGAACAGAACCAACUAUAAAACGUAUGCUUGCUGAAAACGUUUCUAUUGAAGAUCAGUUAGUGAAACUUUCUGUGGCUAUAGCUGAGAUAAGUAGAGAAAAUGUUGAUUUGUUGACAGAAUUUUAUCACUUAACUGAUGAACAAUCAAAGUUAGAAAAAGAACAAAUUUUAUUAAGUACUCGUAGUUCAGCCAUAUUAAAGGUAUCUCAUUUGUUAUCAAUACUUCAAGUAAAACUUGAUGAGAAAAUUAAAGAAACUAAUGAAAAGAAUGAAAUUUAUUCCAAUUUAAACAAUAAAUGUAAUGAGUUAGAACAUGAGAAACAACUAUUAAAUAGAAAAGUUGAAGGUUUAAUAUGUAAAAAAGAUAAUCUGCUGAAUAAUUUAAAGAAAAUCAAUAAGGAAUCCGUAGAUUGUUCCGAUUCAAUUCAUCAUUUAACCGACUGUAUUUCAUAUGCAGCUGAAUAUAUUCAAACAAUUUUAUCUACUAAUCCUAAUCAAACAUUGAAUGAAACUUUCCAAUCAAAUAAAGAUACUAUUGAUCAAUUGAAAAGUGAAGAUACAAAAGAAAUUUUGUUUAAAUUAUAUAAUAAAUUAAAUUCAAUUGAUUGUAUCAUAGACAAAUAUGAUACAAUACAAUUAGAUGGUACUGAUAAUCAAAAUGAAAUUGAUAAUGCAUUAAUUGAAAAUAGCCACAUUGAUAAUUUAUCAGAUAUUAGUGAACCUAAUUAUGAAUUAGAUAUUGAUGAUACAAUGUCAAUAUCAGAACCAGAGGAUAUUGGUCAAAAUAAUAGAAAAUUGAUAACAUGUAGUAAAUCAGAUGAUAUGAAUAAAUUAGAAAAUAUGGAAAGAUUAGAUAAAAUAUGGUCACAAAUUAAUACUUCUUAUCUAAAAUCAUAUGAUCCAACUUCAAAUGAAUGGAAAGAAAUUUUAAAUAUUUUAGCAAAGAAUCAAAUAAAUUGGAGUGAAAAUCUAAAGAACAAAUCAUCUGAUUUACAUGAUGGUUAUUUAAAACCAGGCGAUUUAAAAUUUAUUCCACCACCAUCAACAAAAAUUUUAACAAAGAAGGAAUACAUGAGUUCAUUGAGAAGAAGAGAAAGUAGAAGUAAAAGUCGUAGUCGCAAAUUAACUGACAACGUUUCAGAUAAUAUUAAUGAAAGAUCCAAAUCAGUUGGAGUUCAAACUCGUAGUAGCUCAUGUGUUAGUCUAUCGAAAAGCAAACAGUUACGUUUUGAAGAAUGA